AUGUGGAUACAUUUGCUUGUGAUGGCUUUCGCCCUAUCGCUGAUUCUCGUUCGUAGACGCUAUUCCUAUUGGAAACGCGUGGGAGUCCCAUUCAUCCAGCCGCGGUUCCCGUUGGGAAGUGUUGGAAGCAUCGGUACCCGAAUUCAUUCCUCCCAACUGUUGGCGCAAUUCUACCAGCAGCUGAAAGGCACGCAUCCCUUUGCUGGCAUUUUCUACUUCUUGCAACCGGUGGCACUCGCAUUGGAUCUAGAGUUUGUGAAAAAUGUGAUGGUGAGAGAUUUCCAGUACUUUCACGAUCGCGGACUGUACUACAACGAUAAGGAUGAUCCUCUGUCUAGCCAUCUGUUCAACAUCGAAGGAACCAAGUGGACCACACUGCGAAGGAAGCUGGUGCCGACGUUUUCCUCCGGAAAGCUGAAGAUGAUGUGUCCUACGGUGGUGAGCGUGGCGGAUCGAUUCAAAACGUGUAUUGAGAAGUGCAUAGCUCAGGAUGAGGAUAUCGAAAUGCGUGAACUGUUGGCGCGGUUUACUACGGAUGUGAUUGGGAGCUGUGCUUUCGGUAUAGAAUGCAACAGCUUGGAGAAUCCGGAUGACAAGUUUAGAAAGAUGGGGGAGAAGGUGUUCGAAGUCUCGCCGUUCGCCAUUCUUGCGUUUUUCUUCCUGUCUACGUUCAAAGACAUGGCGAGAAAGUUCCGUAUAACGAUUACAGACUCGGAAGUGGCUGCUUUCUUCGCGGCUAUCGUUCAAAAGACAAUCAGUUACCGUGAGAAGAACAACGUCCAGAGAAAUGACUUUAUGAACUUGCUGAUGCAAAUGAUGAAGCGAGAUGAUAAGGAUGAGUCUGAAGAAAAUUCGGUCACACUCACCAUGGAAGAAGUGGUGGCUCAAUCCUACGUGUUCUUUUUGGGCGGAUUCGAAACAUCAAGAACCACAAUGUCGUAUUGUUUGUACGAACUUUCUUUGAACGAGGAACUUCAAACACGGGCAAGAAAGUGUAUUCAAAGUGCGGUGGCAAAGCACGAUGGCCUGAACUACGAGGCUUUGAUGGAGAUGCCUUAUUUGGAACAAUGUAUCAAUGAAUCACUAAGGAAGUACCCUCCCAUAUCCAACGCACUCAGAAGCACUACCAAAGACUACGCCGUACCCGGAACAGAAGUAACACUAAAAAAAGGCACCGACGUCAUCGUACCGAUCUACGCCGUCCACCACGAUCCAGAAUACUAUCCGGAACCGGAACGUUUCAACCCGGAUCGCUUCACUCCGGAACAAUGUGCCAAACGAAAGCCAUUCACCUUUAUGCCGUUCGGUGAAGGACCUCGGAUGUGUGUGGCUUCCCGGUUCGGCAUGAUGGAAACCAAAAUUGGGCUGGCAGCAAUGCUGAUGAGUUUCAGAUUUUCCAAAUGCGAUAAGUCGAGCGUUCCGUUGAAGAUUUCGCCGAACCAUCUGAUGUUGACUCCUGCCGGAGGAUUGUGGUUGAAGGUGGAACAACUGGAUGGUGGAACGUCGGAGAUUGGAUUUUCGAAGGCGAUUAGCGAGGAAAGGGGUAAUCGUGUGGAGUAUUCAAUGUAAUUCGAAUAAAAAAUAAAUACAAUACCUUCUAACACAUACAAUCAUCUAGCAGAUCCUGAUUUUAAACAUUCUUUUUUGGAUUCUAGUAGGAUCUACUAGAUCCAUACAAUCGAAUCGAUCCUGAAAAACUAUGGUCUGCUAAUGGAUCAUAAGUUCAUCCGUUUUGUUUUUCGC